GACAAAGAUCAUGAAGAAAAGGUUAAUAAAAAAAGUUAAAUCCUUGGACAAAAAAGUCAUCUGAUAGCUACUUUCAAGGAUUUCUAUGGAAAAAAAAGGUUUUUUUUCCUUUGGUACAAGGAUCGAACUCACGACCUCAUGCUUGCCAGGCAUCUAUGAAUAAAAAGUUUUAUGAAGUUGUAUUUAAUCUAGAUGUUCACAUCUAGGAUUCCUCAUCUUUGUUAUAGAAAUAGGAAGACUAUAUUUCAUUUUCUCUUAUUGAUUACAUAUGUAUUUUUCCAGUAAAUAUGCUAUUACUUAAUUUAAUAAGUUUACAACAGUGUUCCUCUUUAUUUGAUUUUAGUUAAAACCAGUUAUACUUUUAACUGAUGAAAAUCAAAUGUAGUUUUUGGAAGUUUUUGUUUCCGUUUUUGUGAGACGAGGUCUCGCUAUGUAGUUCAUGCUGCCCUUGAACUCCUUCCGUAGCCCAGGCUGACCUCAGACUCGUGGUGAUCCUUCCGCCACCUCCUGGUGCUGCCGUUACAGACAUGCCCCACCACACUCAGUGCAGAGGUAAGUUUAUAUCACUUGUAUUUAGGAAGAUAAUAUUUUUUCCUUUAAAUUUCACUUUAUUGGAAGUAAAAUGCAUUGUUGAAUAUGUAGUAAAUUUGGAUUCAAGUACUGAAAUCAAGAGCUGGGGAUUUAGCUCAGCGGCAUAAGCACCUGCCUUGCAAGCAGGCAGUCGUGAGUUCGAUCCCGGGUACCGAUAAAAAGGAAAAAGACAGUUUGAGUCCUUUGGUGUCAACGCCCCAGCCACUACCUGCGCUCCAUGAGGAAGAUGCUUGCCGCCGUCUCCCGCGUGUUGUCCGGCGCUGCCCAGAAGCCGUCUAGCAGAGUACUAGUGGCAUCCCGUAAUUUUGCAAAUGAUGCUACGUUUGAAAUUAAGAAAUGUGAUCUUCACCGGCUGGAAGAGGGCCCACCUGUCACCACCGUGCUCACCAGGGAAGAUGGACUCAAGUACUACAGGAUGAUGCAGACUGUGCACCGAAUGGAGUUAAAGGCAGACCAACUGUAUAAGCAGAAAAUUAUUCGUGGUUUCUGUCACUUGUGUGAUGGUCAGGAAGCCUGCUGCGUGGGACUUGAGGCCGGCAUAAAUCCUACAGACCAUCUGAUCACAGCCUACCGGGCUCAUGGCUUUACCUUCACUCGGAGCCUUUCUGUCCGGGAGAUCCUAGCAGAGCUAACAGGACGAAGAGGAGGUUGUGCUAAAGGGAAAGGAGGAUCUAUGCACAUGUAUGCCAAGAACUUCUACGGCGGCAAUGGCAUUGUUGGAGCUCAGGUGCCCCUGGGAGCUGGAAUUGCUCUGGCCUGCAAGUACAAUGGAAAAGAUGAAGUCUGUUUGACAUUAUAUGGUGAUGGUGCUGCCAAUCAGGGUCAGAUAUUUGAAGCUUACAAUAUGGCAGCAUUGUGGAAAUUACCCUGUAUUUUCAUCUGUGAGAAUAACCGCUAUGGAAUGGGAACGUCUGUUGAGCGAGCCGCAGCCAGCACUGAUUACUAUAAGAGAGGCGAUUUUAUUCCAGGGCUGAGGGUAGAUGGAAUGGAUAUCCUGUGUGUGCCAGAAGCAACAAGGUUUGCAGCUGCCUAUUGUAGAUCUGGGAAGGGACCUAUCCUGAUGGAGCUGCAAACUUACCGCUACCAUGGACAUAGUAUGAGUGAUCCUGGAGUCAGUUACCGUACACGAGAAGAAAUUCAGGAAGUAAGAAGUAAGAGUGACCUGAUUAUGCUUCUCAAGGAUAAGAUGGUGAACAGCAAUCUUGCCAGUGUUGAAGAAUUAAAGGAAAUUGAUGUUGAAGUGAGGAAAGAAAUUGAGGAUGCUGCCCAGUUUGCCACAGCUGAUCCGGAGCCACCUCUGGAAGAACUAGGCCAUCACAUCUACAGUAGUGACCCACCCUUUGAAGUGCGUGGUGCUAACCAGUGGAUCAAAUUCAAGUCAGUCAGUUAACAAGAGACCACAUGUAAUGGAAUGGGCUAUUCAUCAGCAACUGUAAGGAACUCUGUUUUUAACCUUGAGAAAUAUACUAAAAAUAUGGUAUAAGUCUUAGAAACUUCAGCAUGUAAAUUAUAUUGAGAGAGUAAUCGCAUGCAGGUUGUACAUUAGUGCUUAAGUGCUUUGUGUGAAUAUAUAAAACAGGAGGUAAAAGAAUAAUCUCCCAAAUAUUUUCUUUUGUCUAAACAGAAGAACAACAAUUCUUUGUAUGCCUAUUCCAACCCUGUCAUCUCUUUGGGUAGAAAUCACUGGCCUUGAGGAAUCAUUGCUGUGUCCUCAGGUAGUGGUGGCAGAAGACGGUUCACACUGAUUACAACAGCAUUCUCCAACAAUUUUUAUUAUAAGAUUUCAAAGGCCAAACUACUUUGUUUUCUCCAAUUAUACAUUCAACAUAAACAUAAAAUUAUCUUGUUACAUUCCCAUUAGAUAAUAAACUAAACAUAUCCAUUUUAUUUUUCACAUUUAAGUGCUAUAUUAGUAAAUAAGGCACACUCUAAAACAGAGGUACCCAGCCUCAUUUUAAACACUUUUCAAGUAAUGUACGAUGUGGUAACUUUUCAUGAAAGUAAAAUUCAUAUAUGCUGGGAUAUCUAAGAUUCACUAUUCAUAUUAAACAUACUCUAUAAAUCUUUAAAAUGUUUAUAAACAGACUAAAACAUUUCAGUAAGAAAAGUCUCUAGAACAUUAAGUUCUUAAUUGAAUUAAACUCAGCAGAAUUUGUUGUGUAUGGAAACAAACUUUAACCACAAACAUGUCAGUUAAUAUUGUCCUCGGGUGUAUCCGCAUCCUCUGCGGGCUCCUGGUCCUCCUGGUUUCGGUGCUUGACGAUCGCAUGCCAGAUCCUACAGAGCACACCACCACUGUGAAACAAAUAACAUUUGUAAGAAAAAUAAAUUUCAAACCAAAAAUCCCAAAUACCUACCUGCCUAAGAGUUCUUACUGCAGAAAGUAAAGUAUAUAACUCCAGAGUUAACAUUUGCCACCUGUUCUCAAAAACGCAGCCUGCCUACUUAAGCACUUCACAAAAACAUUCACAUGUGAAGGUGAUACUCGUGCCCCUGCAAGAAGUACUGAGGGAUCUGUGUAAGGCUAUUUAAAGUGACAUAGAAAUAAGAGGGCAAGUUGCCAUUUCAAGAGCUGAGUGUAGUGUGCUGGCAUCUUUUCCCAACUUGAACCUAGCAAGACUCCAGAUUUGGGAGGGGAGACAUUACCGGCAUUUUGUUUUCUACUUUAUUUUAAAGUAUAUUCACACAAAAAAUGUUCUAUUAUACAACGGUAAGUGCUGAACCACUUACCAUAACUGAAGGCUCUUUAGGUCUUCCUUAGAGAUAUGAUCAAGAAUAUCAGAAAAAGUAUAACCCUCUUUAACAAUCUGAAACAAAGACAAAAUGCUUAAGACCUAAGCAGCUUUUUGACGUCAUAGGAAUUGGUUUUGGUUAUAAAUAUACCUUUUCAAUUGUACUGCAUCCACUUGUAGCUGUUGCAACCAAGCUGUAAGCUCUUCAUCUGUGCUCUGUGACUGAGCAGGUGCUGGGAUUGCUGAGCAGGUGCUGGGAGCAGGAUCUGUAACAAUUAGAAACUUGUUGUAUAUUAAAGUGCUUUUCUAAAGUAAAAUGGAUGUAAAAAAAAGUAUCCAGAAUGUAAAUGUCACGUGAAAAAUUGAGUUAAAUCUGUAUUAUUCAGCUGCUGUGUACAAGUCACAAUUCUUGGGUUUGUUUUACAGAGAAUAGAAUCAUCCUUACCUACCCUACCUUGAAUAAAUGUGUAACUUGAAAAAAAAAAUUCAGAUUAUAUUGAACAUAAUUUCCUAAAAUUGUAUGGUGCCCUUUUUUUUUUUUUAAGAUAGAAAGGACUUUUACAAACUUAGAUUUGCUUAUGAAAUUUUUUCAGUUAAUAUAUUAAGAGGACUGAAUUGCAAUACAUUUUCCCCCUCUUAAAAUAUGUGAGUCUGGCUUUUUCUCAAAAUUCAGAAGUAAUAUAAGGACGUACACAGAUGGUAUUUGCUGAAUAUGACUAUAUGUAAUAAAAGCUUGUGGCCCUUGUAGGA